GGUAGCCAUCUUGGAUGUGCGGAGUGAUUGUUUAGCGAGAAGAAUUGACAUUUUUUUUUAGAAAAUAAGCCUUCAUACUGAGUCGCUGAAGAUCUGACGGAGUGCGGCGACAGAGGAAAGCGAUCGCAGCUCGGAAAAAUCCAGUGAAAGAAGGCAUGAAGACAUCAUCCUAGUCGUCAGCCAUGGCCGAUAAAAGGAAACUACAAGGUGAAAUAGAUCGAUGUCUGAAAAAAGUAGCGGAGGGAGUGGAACAGUUUGAAGACAUCUGGCAAAAGCUUCACAAUGCAGCCAACGCAAACCAGAAGGAGAAAUAUGAAGCAGACCUCAAGAAAGAGAUUAAAAAGCUACAGCGUCUUCGAGACCAGAUCAAGACGUGGGUGGCAUCCAACGAGAUCAAAGACAAAAGGCAGCUAGUAGAGAACCGCAAACUCAUAGAAACGCAAAUGGAGCGGUUCAAGAUCGUGGAAAGAGAAACGAAGACGAAAGCGUACUCUAAAGAAGGACUAGGACUCGCCCAGAAGGUGGACCCUGCCCAGAGGGAGAAGGAGGAGGUCGGCACGUGGCUAACGAACACGAUAGACACGUUGAACAUGCAGGUGGACCAGUUUGAGAGCGAAGUGGAGUCUCUGUCGGUCCAGACGAGGAAAAAGAAAGGAGACAAGGAGAAACAGGACCGGAUCGAAGAGCUGAAGAAGUUCAUCGAGAAGCAUCGGUACCACAUCCGGAUGCUGGAGACGAUACUCAGGAUGCUGGACAACGACUCGGUGCAAGUCGAAGCCAUCAGGAAAAUCAAGGAUGACGUGGAGUACUACCUAGACUCGUCACAGGAUCCAGACUUUGAGGAGAAUGAGUUCCUGUACGACGACCUGGAUCUGGAGGAGAUUCCUCAUCUCGCCACCUCCCCACCGGGUCACUCACACUUGGAGGACGAGAUCUUCCAGCACUCCAGCAGCACACCCACCUCCACGACCUCGUCCUCGCCCAUACCCCCGUCGCCUGCAACUUGCACUACAGAGAACUCAGAAGAUGACAAGAAGAGGGGACGUUCAACAGACAGUGAAGUUAGUCAGUCGCCUGUGAAGAACGGAAACCCCUCCUCCUUGUUAUCCUCUUCUUCCUCCUCCUCCUCUUCUUCCUCCGUCUCGGGACUAACCUCAUCCUCACUGGUCUCUAUGGCGACCAUCGCCGGGGGAGGAAGCGGCGGCUCUGGGGGCAACAGUCACCACGGCAACUCGGGGGGUCUCCACUCCAACACUUUGGCCGGCAGCUACAGCAACGCCACCCAGCAGCAGCCGUCAGCACAGCAGCAGGCCAAAAACUCCAUCAGCUCCGCCUCCAUGGCGCCCAUCUCCAACCCCAGCACCUCCACCAACAGCCACCCCACCUCCUCCGCCUCCUCCCCACCCAAUGCCAGCACACAGGGGCUCUUCACUUCCAACUCCCAGCCUCAGGGCCCCCUGGGACCCACGCCGACCUCCAACAGCCUGGGCCUCAGCCUGGGCCUGUCUCUGGGGAAAGGCGGCCUGUCGGGCUCCAUCACCACCAGCCCAUGUCCGGGCCUCGGCCUGUCAGGGAUGCCGGCGUCCCUGAGCAGCAUGGCGGGGCUUCUGUCCGGCUCCACCCCGGCUCCCUAUGCUCAGGCGGCUGCCUCGGGGGCGGUGGGCUCGGGCUUACCGGCCUCUCUGGGCGGCGUCAGCACCACGACCACCAACAGCGCCGUGGGCUCCAUCGGCAGCGGCAGCAUCACGGUCGGCGGGCCGACGUCCUCGUCAGGAGGGCUGCUGGGGGCGUCGCCGGGGGUGGGCAGCAUCGGGUCUGGGAUUCUGGGUCUGGGCUCCGGUCAGUCGGGGGUGCAGGGGUCGUCCCUGAUGUCACUGAGCCCGGUAGGAGGUUUAGCUCCAGGUAGUGGAGUCGGAGUUAUCGGGAGCAACGGAGGCAGCGGUGGGUCAGCGGGGAGCGUGGGAGUAGUCGGAGGAAACUCAUCGCUGUCUGUGCGACCGCCGAGCCAACAGAAGCAGAACGGUAGCACGAGUUACAGUGCAGUAGUAGCAGACAGCACAACAGACUCCGCCCUCAACAGUGCCAGCCAAUCACAAAGCAGCCAACCUUCAUCUCUGACCUCCACAGCCAAUCAGCCUAAGGACACUGGUCGUCUACUGGGCUCUAUGAGUCUGUCGUCCAGCUCCCCGUCUCCCGCCUCCUACAGCGAGUCCAAAGCGGUGAGCGGCAGCAGCCUGCUGAACGGACCGCUGUCGUACUCUCAGUCCUCCGACAGCAUAAAGCCCCAGGAGCCUCUGAGCAGCCUGAAGUCCAUGGCCGAGCGAGCAGCACUCAGCUCAGGGAUCGAGGGAGACGUGCCCUCCCUGCACCUCACCCCAGACAUCUUCCCCAGCAGCACUACGGCCCCCUCGGGUCCCCCCUCAGCACCUCAGCCCUCGCUGUCGGAGGUCAGCAUCCCCCCUUCGUUGGGGGUCUGUCCUCUGGGGCCCGUCCCCCUGUCCAAAGACCAGCUCUACCAACAGGCCAUGGAGGAGGCGGCGUGGACACACAUGCCUCACCCGUCCGACUCCGAGAGGAUCAGGCAGUACCUGAUGAGGAACCCCUGCCCCACCCUGCCUUUCCACCACCAGGUGCCACCCCCCCACUCCGACACUGUAGAGUUCUACCAGAGGCUUUCUACUGAGACCCUGUUCUUCAUCUUCUACUACCUGGAGGGCACUAAGGCCCAGUAUCUGGCAGCCAAAGCCCUGAAGAAGCAGUCGUGGAGGUUCCACACCAAGUACAUGAUGUGGUUCCAGAGACACGAAGAGCCCAAGACCAUCACCGAUGAGUUUGAGCAGGGAACCUACAUCUACUUCGAUUAUGAGAAAUGGGGCCAGAGGAAGAAGGAGGGUUUCACGUUUGAGUACCGGUACCUCGAAGACCGAGACCUCCAGUGACCUGCAGAGAGACGCAGACGGACGGACGGACGGACAGCCGAGGACGUUAGAGAGGGACGGACUGACGGACGGAGAACGAGUGAAGAAAGAAGAUCCUCCUGCUGACAUUCCUGGAUCUGACCUCAGCUCUCUGAGGAUGGAGGAGGGUCAGCAGAGACUCGUUCUGAAACCCCCCCUCCUCCUCCUCCUCCCCCGGCACUGAUAGCUCCUCCCACCCUGUCCUCCUCCUCCUCCUCCUCUAUCCCUCCACCAUCCAGCCUUUUGUUUCCAUCUUUUCCUGACUUGACAACCAGAAAACAAAUCACACGUUUAAUAAUGAGACUAUCAUGAGCUUUCCGCCCCUCGGUGUUUCCUGUUUUGUUGGCUUUAAAAACUGUUGCUUUUAUUCUCCCCUCGAGGACCAAAGAUACCUGGUUAAUCCCAUAAAACACUUCUUCUGAAGAGUCCAGCCUCAGUCUGUGCUGAAACGUCUCCCUAAUUAGUGGCAGCAGGGCAGGAAUCAGCUGGAAAAUUUAACUUUUAGAGAACUCCAAGCAGCUUCUUUUCCUGCCAUGUUUUUCCUUUUUUUUUUUUGGCUCAUUUUUCUCACCGAUAAAAAGUCCUGCACCUCACUGGAAACAGAAAAAUCCUUUCUAGAAGUGGAGAGAACUACAAUAAAAGUACUGUCUGCAGUUAAAAUAUCAUGAAGCACAAAAAAUAAAAGUUGAAUUCCUCUGAUUUGUUCCUGUCAGAAAAUCAACCAGUCUGACAUCUCAGGUGUUCCACACUGGAAAAUAUUAACAUGCUAUAUUUAUUUUACUGCUUACAGUUUAAAUUUUUCUCUAUCCUCGUCUUAGCACUGCCUGCAGUUCAGCUGAAAAACAGUGAAUUUUUCUGAGACGAUCUUUUAUCACAGCUUCACAGUUACAUUAAAAAGCACAGAAUUCUUUGUUUUUCACCAAAUCUGGUUACAGCGAUUCAUCUGUUUUUGGCAAAUUUUAAAAAGACACGAAGCUCACAUUUGGGGACUUUUCUGGGUAGUUCAAAGAGUGUUGGAAAGUUUACAGUCCAAUGAUUCAGAAGAGAACUGAAGACACAAUUCUAAUGGAAUAAAUCACCUAAAAAGGGGGAAAAUGUGAAUUUUUAGAGUUGUUUAUUUUACAAAAGUUUUAAGAAGCACUCAGAUGAACAGCACUGUUCUAAGAGCACACAGCUGUGAGCAUUGCUGGGGAUAAUUUUACUCUACAUGAUGUCACAGAUGUACAGUUUUAGUUUUUCUUUGAACACAGCCUGCAGUUCAGCAGAGAACUCCCAGAUUUUUCUCCUCUCUUGAUCGUGUGUCUUCAUGGAGACUCCAAAAGCAGAAAGAAUCCUCAGAUUUAGAACUUUUUGCUGCUCCUUGAACGUGAUCUCUCAUGCUGUUUGGUUGGGAACUUCACCAGAUUUAAGCCUAAUGGAAUAAAAAUAACUCAUUAGUGAUUCAUGUGGGGACCAGGGAACUAUCAUUCAGGGACUUCUAGGAUGAACUGCAGGCCGUGUUUCUACAGACGGGGAUGAAAACAGAUAAAACAUCGAAGUAGGAACACAUUUGGAAGGCAGAUGUUAAGUCUUUUUUUUUUUUUUUGGUCUAAUUUAAUUUUUCUUCAACAGUUCUAAUUCUUCCAGAAGUCAUUUAAAGUCACCUGGGGACAGUUUGCUUUGAGAUGCAGGAUUUUAUUUUGCGGUUAAGAAAUAAGCCACAGAAUGGAAAGAAAUGAGAAAACAAAGAAACUGCUUUUGGUCCAGAAUCACUGGAAACAAAACUUUGAGCUUCGAAAAGAUGAAAGUUCUGGAAGAGCUGCUGGAUUUAAACGAGCUCAUUUCGUGAACGUAGAAACGGGUCUGAUGUUCUGAAUAUGAACUGAAACUUCCAUGAAUUUGUCCUUCUAAAGAAAACAUGCGUUUAAACGUUUGAGAACCUUUUAUAAACCCGUCUGUCUCCAUCGUCCUGCUGCUGGUUGUCGCCUCAGAAACCUUCUGGCCGAUAGACCAUCCUCUGGUGGAUGAACAGCAGCCGGCUGGUCGUAGGAGGCAGCAGGCUUCUCUCUCGCACUUAUCGUCUCUCAGAGGUCCUAACCCUUUCGUGAAGAAUCCUCCAGAAAAACCCCGACCUGCCCGCUACCGUCGAUCCUCGGUGGAGGAGCAACAACCGUAGGAUCGUCUUCUACCUGGUGGGCAGCGUGACAGAGGGUCAAACUUAGAUCAUCCCUCAGACCUUUUACCUUAUAAUCCUGCCUUCCAGCCCCAGAUCAGGUCUAGAAGUCUUUAUCUCGUCAUGAUACUCCAGUUCCGUCUGGUUCUUCAGGUCUUUACCCGGCAGAGUGAAGCAGACUGGAGCAUCGUUGGUGUUUAAUGGCAGAAACUGAACUUUUUCUCCGGUUCUGCUCUCAAACACUAAAAUGUUGGUGAUGGAGGCCAGUUCGUCUCCUCGUGAGCUUUUCAAAUCAGACUUUUUUACGCUUUACGGUGCACAAACCAAACUCCAGUCGCCUCCACUCUGUUGACGACACAAUGAGUGGUUGUAGAUGUUCAGAGUUAAAGAAACCAGCUGAGGAAACUAAGCAUCGUUUCCUACUAAAAACACAUCUGUCUGUCUGAGACGUGGAUGAAACGAUUGAUACUCCUUAAAUCUGAUAGAACCGGCUCUUCUUAGCUGGUUCUGUCGUCUGUUUGCUUUGUGCUGAACGUUGAGUUGUGGUUUCAUGAGAAACUUGUGUUCUGGACGGUUUCUUGGCUGGAAGCUUCUCGUCUCUCUGGUGCUCUGGCAGCUUCCUGAAGAUGACUCCCCACCAAGAAACCAAACCAGCUCCCCGUAAACCCUCAGACUGUUCUUCUAGCAUCAGUUAAACAGCUACAGGCUCCCAUUGGCCGUCCCCUAAUCCCCACUGUCAUGUGUUACUAUCAUCUAGAUCUCCUGGAUGAGCCGAGAUAACAGCAGCCUUCAUAUUUUGAAGCCCUGCUGGUAUUUUCUGGUGAAUCAUCCGUUGUAGUGACAGUCCUCGCCUCCAUGGAUGCUAAUUUUCCACCAAAACAAUUCAACCCGUCGUUAUUUUGAGUCUUCGACCAACACACUAGUGAUUGGUUUAAAUCUACCCAGAGUGGAACCAACCAUCUCAACAAACUAUUCCUCUAAAGAUUAAAGCUGGAUUCUUCUCUAAACAUCUCAACCUCAGCAGAUAAAACCGCAAACAUCUGCUGAACCAGAUGCUGCUGGAGGACAACAAGGAACGAUCAGGGUUGGACCAACAGCUCCUUCCUUCCUUCCUUCCUUCCUUCCUUCCUUCCUUCCUGAGCAUCACCAGCAGGUCUGUCCACGUCUCCUCCACCUUUAUCUCCUCCACUUUUAUCUCCUCCAUGUUUACACUCUGAUCAAACACUCACUGCCCUGAACAGCAGCUCCUCCUGUUUUCUUUACAACCAGAACAUUUCCUCUUCCUCCUCCUCAUCUUCCUCCAUACCAGGUAGAUAUUUCCUUUAUUUCUCAGGAAGUAUUUGAUAGACCAUUAAAUGAGGAAAUGUUUCCGCCAGCAGCAGCAGCAGCACAGUGAUCUCCUCCUCCUGCCUCCUUUUUAGUUCCUUUCCUCCACAGCGGCCCUUUUCAUUUCACAAAAAGCUUUUUUUUUUUAAACAAAUACAAAUAUCCUCCAAUGUUUGGAGCAGCACCUGGAAGAGACCACCGUUCUAUUUUGUAUUUGUUGAAUAUCUUGUGGUAGAUGAUUUUUUUUCUUCUUUUUUUAACCCAGAGGAGAACGAGGAUCUUUUUAAAGGAGGUGUUUUUAUCACCAGACUCUCCACCUGAACCCACAGUCCUGCUUUUACCCGGUCUGUUUCCGGGUUGUUUUUUGGAUGAGAGGUCCAUCUGAGAGCCUAAAUGUGAAUCUCUCUGUGCCCUCGGUAAAGUGUUGUACAGACUCUCACUCUUCAAACCUCUCCUCCUGUUUUUUGUUUCUUCUGUCGUUUGUUGUCGUCAGACAGCAUGGAAUAAUGACACUCACAGAGUGGCGCUGACAAAGUAAAUAAUGACAUAACCACGAAUAAAGGAUUGUAAAAUAUUAAUAAAAGAAUUACUUUUCAGAAA